AUGGUAACCCUAAUAACUACUCUGCUAUUUUGUGCACUAAAUCUUGUAAUAUUCGAAGUGCACGCAAAUACCUGUGAUACUUAUAACCAUCCACAAUAUGGUAUUGGUCAAUGUAUUGAUACUAAUGAUUGUCCAAAUGCUUUAUAUCAAAGUGGUUUAUGUGAAUCACAUCCAAUAAAUAUAAAAUGUUGUUUUUCAGUAGAACCAAUGAAAGAAGAAUUUCGUGCUGCUUGGAUUGCUACUGUUGCUAAUAUUGAUUGGCCAUCAUCAAGAACAGCAACACCAACGCAACAACAAGCUGAAUUAAUCAAUAUUCUUAAUACAGUUCAAACACUUAACAUGAACGCUGUUGUUUUUCAGAUUCGUCCUACAGGUGAUGCCUUUUAUGCUUCGACAUUAGAGCCAUGGAGUUUGUAUUUGACUGGUACACAUGGUAAAGCACCAUCACCCUUAUGGGAUCCAUUAACAUUCAUUGUUAAUGAAGCACAUAAACGUAAUAUCGAAGUACAUGCUUGGAUUAAUCCAUAUCGUGGUCGAAUGGCUGGUUCAACUUAUGAAUUAGCAUCAAAUCAUAUGGCUAAACGAUUUCCAAAAUAUGCUUAUACAUAUAAUAAUUAUAUAUGGAUGGAUCCAGGAUCAACUGAAGUUCAAAAUUUUAUUGUUAAUGUUACUGAAGAUAUUGUUCGUCGAUAUGCUGUUGAUGGUAUUCAUAUGGAUGAUUAUUUUUAUCCAUAUGGUGAUGGAACUGAUUUUCCUGAUGCAUCAACUUAUACUGCAUAUCAACAAUCAGGCGGUACAUUUAAUAAAAAUGAUUGGCGUCGUUCAAAUGUGAAUACGCUAGUUCGGACAAUGUAUACAAAAAUGCAUAUUAUUCGACCAAAAGUAAAAUUUGGUAUAUCACCAUUUGGUAUUUGGAAAAAUGGUGUACCAGCAGGUAUAACUGGUCUUUCAUCUUAUGAUAGUUUAUAUUGUGAUACUCGAAUGUGGUUAGAAGAAGGAUUAGUUGAUUAUAUGACACCACAACUUUAUUGGCAGAUUGAUCCACCAGCACAAUCUUAUCCUGUUCUUCUUGAUUGGUGGGUACAACAAUCGAAAAAAGGUCGUCAUGUUUAUCCUGGUAAUGCAGUUUAUCGAAUUUCUCCUACUGAACAUAAUUGGCCAGUAAUCGAAAUCGUACGACAAGUUAAUAUAACUCGAUCGAUGCGUAAUCGUUUAGCAUUGGGCAAUGUAUUUUAUUCAGUAAAACACAUAGUACAAAAUGUUAAAGGUAUUAAAAAUGAACUUGCUAUACUUUAUAAACAAAAAGCUAUUAUACCAAAAAUGAGUUGGCUUUAA